AAAUAAAUUAUUUCUGCAGGCAAAUAAAAUGCGAAACAACCAUAGUUGCUGAAAAAUACCAAAACAUCAUCAUUUCGUCACUAUUUAAAUUAGAAAUCAUUUGAAAAAUAUGGCAGAUGCAAUAGUUAGCGAUUGGUUGGCCGAAUAUAAUUCAUUGGAGCCACAAGAAAUCAGAACAUUUGCGGCACUACAUGCUGAGAAUCACGAACUCUCAACAGCAAUUCAAACAAUUUUGAAUGACAAAACAAAACAUUCUGAACUACUUCACCCGAUUUGCAUUCAACUUUAUAAUUUCUAUCGAUCAAAUGAGAACGAAUUGAAAUUAUUCACUCUCCAAUUUAUUCCGAAUCUUAUAUAUCUGUACCUGAAUGCUGUUGCCAUCGGUGAGAAACAAAACCUACGAUGUGUUGAAACAUUGAUUCUUUGCGCUUACAAUAUUGAAGUGUGUAGUGACAAAGGCAUGCUUAAGUCAGUUUCCUAUCGUAUGCCAGUACUUGCUCAAACUUCAAUCUAUCACGAAGAGAAAAACCUUCACCCUAGUGAUCUUAAACGAUGGGAGGAAAAUAGCAAUAAGGAAAUUUCAUGGAAAAUAAUGAAGCCAGUCUAUAAGAUAACAGCUCAGAAUCGUUUGACAGUGAUGGCUGCACUUAUGUUCAUUUUUAAUCAACAACUCAGUUUGAUCCAAAAGUCAUCCCUUUACCACUUGUGUAAGAUCAGCUCAAAGUUGGUUACACAAGGUUUCGUUAAGCAUGGACAUUCAUACCGUGCUUCCUAUGGAAAUGACCCUUCAAAUCAAUCUGCAACUUCCACACCGAAUUCAUCGAGCGUCAUUAAACAAAAUCCUCGUAUUCCAAUGUCUCAGCAAUUUCUUGUCGAACUUUUACAUGCAAUUUAUUUUGCAAUGUUUAAUGAGAUUGCAUCUGUUGCAAUACAAGCUGUUGAUGACAUCCAUAAUCGAGCCUGUUACGAACUUUACUCUGAUGUGAUAUUAGUAACUAACGCCAUCAAAAAUUCUCUUCAAGCCAAUCCAUCUGGACAACCAAGUGAUGGACCAAUGGGAAUUUCCGUUGCUUUAACACCAGCAACAAAUGUCGUCACCAUGUCCAAAUCUAUGAUUACAAACGCGUCAUUUCGCACGAAAAAAUUGCCGGAUGACAUUCCGAUUCAAAUUGACGCAAGUGCAUCACAUGCACAUACACAUGCUGGUGGAAAUUCACAACAAAAUCAACUUCUAGGGAGCAUCAACGAAGAACAAGAAAGCGAUGCAAAUGCAGCAAAAGUUCAAAGUGGAAAAUCGGGUAAGGAUGGAACUACAAAAUCUCACAAAGCACCGUUUGGUGGACUUAAAAAGCUGAUUGAUCGUGAGAAAGACAAAGACAAGGAUAAAGACAAAGAGAAGGAGAAAGAAAAAGAAAAGAAGGAAAGUGUUUUGAAAGUUGGAUUGAACGAGACGAAGGAGAACGUCAAGAAGUUGAUGGGUAAAGAUAAACAGAGCAGUAAAGCGUCUCUUCACACAAAUAUUGAAGUAGACUCUCAACUCCAUAGCAGCAAUAAUGGAGACUUGAAAAUUUCAACCAACUCUCCGAACGCAAUAAUUAAGCGUGCAAGUGAAAUUAGCAAUGAUGGUGGCGUUGACCUCAACGAAAAGCCAUUGUUGGAUGUUUUACAUAUGGGAAAAAUUGACAGCGCAGUAAGUAACGGAUCGCAUGGGAUUAUUUCACCAUUUGACACGUAUAAUGAUGAUAGCGAUUCGGAUGGUGCAUUUGUGGAUCCACCACACCAACAACUCUCUUCAUCAUCUUCUGCUUCAGUUAAUAUUCUGAUGGAAAACAAUGCCAACAACAAUAAAAUGAUGGGAAAUGUUCAAGUUAGUCAAGUAUAAAGUUUCAAAACUAUUCUUCUCGUUAAUAUGAUGAACGCGUUAUUGAUUGUUAUCAGUUAAUAAACUAAAUAUUGUUAUAAACUUGAACUAGUAAUUAGCAUUGGAAAAAUUCAUUCAUUUCGUUUCAUGAAAAAGUGUUUAAAUAUUUUUUUCUUUCUUUUUCA